UGAACCAUAGUAUCAUCAUACGUUUUAUAGGGUAAAAAACACAAAUAUAACAGAAUACAAUAAAUUUUCAUCCUUUAAAUAAACUCUUGUUACCGCAGUGCAUGCUGGAUAUUUUGAGAACAGCUUUGCUACCUUCCAAUCGGAACACGUCAUGCACUUAAAAGGCGGGACUUUGUUAGUUUUAGCCAAUCAACGAGCGAAACGUCACGCUCCUGCAGUUCAUUCACAAACGGCGUCCUUUAUCGACUGUGAGAAACACAAACAUUAAAGUCGGUCAUUAACCUGCAAAGAAGUGCUUCUGAUUUUUUUUUAAGACGUAAUAGUAAUUCCGGACUCGUAUCUAGAGUCCCCCUAAAUUCGUCCAUUUUUUCCCCAAAACGUGUUUUAAACAACGCCAGGAGGUUGGAGUUUAUCCCUGAUAUUCAUGUGGAAACGGUGUAACUAGGCAAGACAAGUCGCAUUGAACGUUAAAGCCGCCAAAUUAACUUUGCAUGGAGUUAGGACUUGUUUUACAUACUUUCACAAUUAUUUAACACCAAAAAACAACCUAUUAAUAUUUAUAUCUGCCUAUGAAAUACUCAAAUAAAUGUUCAGCAACCUACUCUGUUGUGUAAAAACAGCAUGGUGAACGCAGUACAGAUUGAUCUUCUCUAUUUAACAUUUUCUAAGUUUUCCCUUUUUUUAAGCACAGGUGACUAAGACAGCAGUUUCAAAAAGGAUCUCCAUGGACUCACUAGUUCAAUCUUCAGCAAUAUCAUAAAUAAAAAUGUUUUAUAGUUUUGGGGCACAAUAAUACAAUAAUGAAAAUGUGCUAAUAUAAUCACACAUUAUCAUACAUAGAAAUGCCCUGAACUCCUGAAAUUGUUAACAGGCAAUAGACAAAUUAUUAUAAAAUCCAAUAAAUAUAUUUUUGAUCAUCACACCUGACUGAGUUUCUCUUUCUCUGUGUAACUUAAUUACUUACCACCUCGAGUCUGUUUUUCUGCCACUAUUUCUUCAAACAUUCACCAAUAAUAUUAACACUCUGUUAUCGAAAUGCCAAUACUGCUCUCUGGUGGUAGGAAAGGAGUAGUCGAAAUAUUGACACAUGAGUACAAAACCUAAGCACUGAAAUAAUCCAAAAUGUAAAAUGAAUGCACAGAUGCAUGUAUUAUCUUACGCUUUAAUUCACUAAAUCCCCCCAGUUCUUAAUGCUGUAAGUAUUCAGUUGUGCUGCAGGAAAUGUGAAAAACCUUCAUAAAGUGGUGAGAGUGCUUCUCCUUCUCAGAGACAAUCAAAUUGCAACCCACACAGAAAGAGACCUGCAUCUUAAAAGAACCCCUCUGACCCUGAACCACUGAAAGAUGCCCUCAGCCCCAAGUGGGGAUCUUCUCGCAAAGAGAGAAGAGAUUUAUUUUACACAAAUUAUUCCUCCAUUCAUAUUGUUCUAACCUGCUCAUGGUCACCAGGGGCAAGUCAUUGCCAACUUACUAUGGAUAAAGUCAGGGUGUAGCAUUGACAACAUGAGCAUAAGGGCAAAAACCCUUUAAAUCAAAAAGAAAGUGAAAAGUGAAAGCUACGAUGUUCUGUUGACAAAAGAAAAAAAAAGACCAGUUUUCUUUCUGCCUUUACCCUAUUCACACAUAUUCUUUGUUGGUAUUUAAAACCUGCAGUGCCAAGGAAGAGCAUUGUGACAGAAUGAUGAUAUUUCCCCAAUUUGUGUUGUAUUGUGUAGUAUUCUCCUGUGCUCUGUGUUUGAAAAGAAACAUUUCUUUGCUGCGCAGUCUUUUGAAGUGAAGCAUUCACCAAUUUUGCCAAACCAAACAAGGCAUAUUCCUGGCAUUAACGCAGCGGGUUGCUAAACACCGGGAACGACAGCCUUUAUGACAUUAAUGUUUCACCUGAAUGUGAGACAUUUGCUUCUACAACAGCAGAACAGCUCAGGCGCUCGAUAAAUAUGGGGUGGUCCUCCUGUAUAAUCUGGUUUCUCUGCUUGUCGGUGUGUGAGUGCUGGCCUCUGCCAGAUCCUCCGAUGCACGGAGAGGUCCAUUCUCCAGGAUACCCCAGGCCUUACCCUCAUAACCUGCAGCAGCAGUGGGAUCUCCAUGUGCCCGAGGGCUACCAGAUCCGACUGACCUUCACCCACCUGGACAUCGAAGCGUCUGCAGACUGCUACUACGACUCGCUUUCAGUCCUCUACGGAGAAAAGCUGUUGGGAAAGUUUUGCGGCAAUGAAAACUCCGCAGAUGGACAUCACCCAGGAAACCAUCCAAUCUUGUCACCAGGAAACAGCCUCAAGCUCAAGUUUCAAACAGACGGCAACAACCCGGAGCGCCACCAAAACGUGGGCUUCUCUGCUCAGUAUCAGGCCAUAGACAUUGAUGAAUGCUCGGCAGCGGAACCUGAAGAUGGCUCCGGACCCCUCUGCUCUCAGAUCUGCCUCAACACCCUUGGCUCGUAUCUCUGCUCCUGUCACCACGGCUAUGAGCUUCGCUCUGACCAACGCAGCUGUGUGUUGUCCUGCAGCGGAGGCUUGUUCGAUGAGCCCAAGGGUCAUCUUUCCAGCCCAGGUUACCCCAGCCCCCCACCCCAUGGCGUUUCCUGUCAGUACGUCAUCGCUGUUGAAUCCGGCUUCACUAUCUCUCUGAACUUCACCGACAAAUUCAACAUCGAGAGCGUCCACACAGAGGAAGGUCGCCAGUGUCUCCAUCACUGGUUGGAGGUGGCCAUCGCAGAAGAAAAGAGCAUAAAACUUUGUGGUGACGAAAGUCCGGGACUGAUGCACAUAAACUCAAACGUCGUGAGGCUGAACUACCACACAGACGACGCAGGACAGAGCAGCGGCUGGAGUCUGGACUACAGCACACAGAGAGUCAAGUGUCCGGUUCCUGGUAAUAUAGCGAAUGGCAGGGUCACCCCCAGAUUGACUGAAUACUUCUACAGAGACUACAUUUACGUACGCUGCGACCAAGGCUACAAGAUCAUGACUGGAGGUCAAGAGAUUGACAGUUUCUCCACAAUGUGCCAAAGUAAUGGACAGUGGCACCUCAAGCUGCCUGAAUGCCACUUAAUCGAUUGUGGAGAACCUGAACCUUUGCUGAAUGGAGGAGUGACCUUCCUGUCCGGCUAUCAGAAUCAGUAUCUUUCAGUCAUUCAGUAUCACUGCAAUGAACCGUUUUACUUUCUCCUGGGUGGUGCGAACGUGACCUUCACCUGUGAAGCAGACAGAGUCUGGAGAUCCAGUAUUGAUAUUGUCAGCCCAACAUGCAUUCCAGUUUGUGGUCAACCAACAAAACACAUAUCUUACUAUCAGAGGAUCAUCGGCGGCAGUGACGCUCCAGACGACACCAUCCCCUGGCAGGUGCUCCUGAGUGUGUCAGGAGACCGAGGAGGGGGCAUGGUGAUCGCAGACCGCUGGAUCAUGACUGCGGCUCACGUGCUGAUGAGGGGUUCACAGGUCGUGCCAAGCUCUACUGUGCGAAUUUACAUGGGACUUAACGAAGUAACAGAAAAUCUGAGCGCUUACGUUUUUCCUUCCUCUCUUCAUGUUCACCCUGAAUAUCACAAUCCACGCCAUACUGACUUCAACAAUGACAUUGCCUUGAUCAAACUGCAGGACCCCAUCACGUUUCAUUCAUCCAUAAUGCCGGUGUGCUUGCCUCCAGAGGGUGCAGAAUAUGAGACUGGUGUGAUAGGAUUGGUAUCAGGCUUUGGAACCACAGGAACAAUAAACAAACGGAUUCUCACGAACAAACUGAAGUAUUUGAACCUACCAUUAGUGUCACAGCAGACGUGCAGUGCUUCGAUGACUUCGCUGAGGCGGGGAACGUCUGAAAUACCAAACCUGACCGACAACAUGUUCUGUGCGGGAAUCCCUGAAGGGGGGAAGGACUCCUGCCAGGGGGACAGCGGAGGGCCUUUUACUCUGACCGAGAACGGCCGAUUCUGGGCGGCGGGGAUUGUUAGCUGGGGCGCAAACUGCGGGAUGAAAGACAGAUAUGGAGUCUAUACCAGAGUCGCUAACUAUGUGAACUGGAUCAAAAAGACCAUGCAGGAGAACUGAAAGUUCUCUCUGCAGUGUGAUGUGGAAACUUUGCAUUAAAUGACACAUCUAUACCCUGAGUUGUCACUUUGUUGCACAUUGUUUCAAAAUGUUAUGAAAUAACACUAUCAUUUUUCGAAACAUCAUUAAAGGUAUGUG